CCUUUCCUGAGCCAUAUGGUACUCACAAAUUAUGGUUUGGACAAUGGACAGUAUGUUAUAUUAUGUGAGCAAUACUACAGUAUCCACCCACCCAGUAACCUUACUGGGUAUUUCCAUGUGCUACCUCUCAGUAAGAUUACUGGGUUAACAAGCACAUCAGAUUUCAGGAUACUAGAUGCUUCUAUGUUGUGUCUAGUGAUGGCAGCAGCAAUGACUUCUCGUAUCGCAAGUGCCUCGACAAUUUCAUCAGAGGAAAGUAUCCUGACCUUGCUGAUGAUUUCCUCGUUAAAUAUUUCCGAAAACCUCACAAUGGAGGUAACAACCGGGAGCGCAGUCUUCCUCCAGUUCUGGAGGAAAACAAGGAAUGACAUUUGUGGUUUUAGAUAGAGAUAGUGUUUUAACUCUGAUACAAACUUCAUCUAUCAUCUGCAAUUUUUACUAUAUAUAGAAAGUAGAUGUAUGUGUAGUUGACUUCCAAUUAAGCAUAUGUAUGGGCGGCCUGCUUUUUGGAUGAGUGCUGUUCAUAUGAAUAGCAAUUCCACCAUUUCAAAUGUAGCUAAUCAAUAGAUCAAUAGAUGAAGUAUUUAUUU